AUGUCUGACACUGAUCUCCUUAUAGCGUUGGCUAUCAUUCGAUAUAGAAACUCUGCCAAAUCUUCUUUCAAUUAUUUAACAUCAUGCCAAUGGUCUCAUCUAUUUGAGUUACCGAUCAACGGUUCUUUUCAAAAAUUAUCACACAUUCAUCUAAAUAAUUAUUUGAUUAGUACCAGAUUGGUAACCACCUUAGAUGACGACCGUCAUGGUGCUUCACAAUUGAAUUAUAUCAGAGCGAUGGUUAUAAACGAUUUUAUUCAAUUUCUAUCAAACUCUCCCAAUUCCAACAAGUUUGUUAGAAACAAAUUAUUUUUCAAUUUCAUCAGUGGCCAAUUAUUCCCCCUGACCAGAACCAAUCUCAAAUUGAUUAAAUUACAUUGUAAAUUUUUAUCUCAAUUGAUUACCCCACCUCUGUUGAAGGAUAUUUUUUUCGUUUUAGAGAAAUUAUUAUUGAUUUAUUUCAAAAAUCACAAUUCUCAUCAUAAUCAAAAACUCACAUGUCAGGGCAACAGGGCCUUCCAAUCGAUGUAUAGAGCUCGUAGAAUCGAUUGGAGGUUUGUCAAGUAUCAGAAUUUCAAGUUUUUAAAUCAAUCUUCUUUGAAUGUACUUUAUACGUUGAUCAAAAAUAUUAUCAUCCAUGUUUUGAAAAACGCAUACCAUCAUGAGAUUGAUUCGAAUUCCGUUAUAAAGAUUAAAUCAGUCUUGUUAAUUAUAGACGAUCAAGAUUUGAUAGCCCAUUUCCAAUUGUGUAAAUUAAAAACUAUAUAA